CGUUAUCUUUAUCGUGUGGCUAUGGGCACCCAACCCGUCCCCUCAUCUCCUCCCCCCACUACUCCCAUUCUCUCUCCUAGGGUUAGGAUUAAGCUCUCGCUCUCUCCUCCAUGGCAACCAAUACCUUCAUCAUCGCCUCCUCCACCGCCGUAAUCUCGUCCUCUUCGUCCUCUUCCUCCUCUCGCUCCCGUCGCCACUCUCUCCUCCUUCCCCAUCGCUCCCUCUCGAGAUCGCUCCGUAAGGUCAAUUGCAAAGCCGCGGAGGUGUCGAAGGUGGAGGGUGGAGAGGCGAAGGUGGUGGAGGGAAGCGGCGACGGCGGCGGCGGUGGAGGUGAUAAUGGCGGAGUGAAUUGGAUUCCGGUGGUUCCGCUAGCGGCGCUGCCGAAGGGGGAGCGGAGGGUGAUCGUACAGGAUGGUGAGACGAUCUUGUUGCUGUGGUACAAAGAUGAGAUUUUUGCGAUCGAGAACCGUUCCCCCGCAGAAGGGGCGUACAGUGAGGGGUUUCUCAAUGCGAAGCUCACUCAGGAUGGCUGUAUUGUUUGCCCAACAACAGACAGCACAUUUGAUCUUCGGACUGGAGAAAUAAAGGAAUGGUACCCAAAAAAUCCAGUUUUGAGGGUUCUUACACCUGCUCUGAGGAAGCUGUUUGUUUACCCUGUGAAAGUGGAUGGGGAAAACAUAUACAUUAGCAUGAGAGGAGCCAACAGAUCAGGUGGAUCUGCAGAGAUUAUUUUUAGUGGCAGAGCUCAACCUGGGAUUACUGCAUCUGAUGUCAAUGUUGAGGAGGUGAGAAUGGUAGUUGAUGAGGAGUCCGAAGGUUUUGGUUUCACCGGGAAAAAUGAGGUGAUAAAUGGAAAAGCAGCUAUAAUCGGCUUCCUGUUUCUAAUAGAUUUUGAGCUCCUAACUGGCAAAGGCCUGCUUAAGGGGACUGGUUUCUUGGACUUCAUCUAUGCGAUUUCAAAUGCUCUGAACUCAUAGGCAUCCAUUCAUUUCCGCCGAAAAGGUUGCAGAGUUAAGUGUGUUCUCGAGCUUCAAAAGAAACACGAAGGACGAGCGCAGACCGAAUUGAAUGAACUGCAUUAUUUGCAGACCAUGAUGAAUUUAAUCUUUCCACCCCCCUCCACUAAUCAUUUUGGAGAUGGUUAGUGUUAAUUCCUUAUUUGCAAAAUGCGAACAUUGUGUAAUAUUCAUACGAUGUACAUAACCGCAUUGUUGGUUAAGUUUUGUCAUGUUGAUAUCUUGUCACUUUUAACAAUUUCGGCUCUGUUUAUACAAAAUGAUGGUUGAAUGUGGUAUCACUCAGAA